AUGCCCGUGCCUGCUAAAGCGUUCGGUAGCAAGAGCACGGGGAAACGCAGCGCAGUCAAGUUAGACGAGGAGACAAAGGCGGCGCAGCUAGCUCCGCCAAGCAUCACCAUAGGCGCUACAUUCCAGGCACGUAGUAGUCUGUAUCCCAAGUUGAUACUCAGCCGUUCUGCGUUUCCGCCAGGCAUCUACUCAGAUUUUUGGUGGUUUUGGGCGGUUGAAGGCAGGUUGCUGAGGGCCAGGGGGCUCGUCAACUAUGCCAUCUACGUUAUUCUUUUGCCCAUUAUAAUGUCCCAAUUCCUAUCCCAAUCAACAACGCGUGAGCUGACUGAGCUUACAGAGUACAUUAAAACAUCUUUAGCUUCAGCGCAAUUACUUCAUAAUACUUCAAUAUACUUCAGUUACUGCAUCCUAACCCACUCUGCUAUGACUGCAGCCCCCGUUUCCGGUGUUGAAUCCUGGCGCUUAGGAGGACUUUAUCCUUGGUUGAGCUCUGCGAUAAUUGGCAUGAGCAUAGGUACGAGGAGUUUCUCGAGGCUUCCCUCACAGCUGGUAGCACUAAUCAAUGUCGUAGUCAAUUCACUUCUCGACAAGCAGCCUGAGUGGGAGCAUGUCGACUCCUGGAAAAUUCUUGAGGCCCACGAAGACGGCUUGUCGCGGCGGUGGAUGUGCGACGCCCUCGACUACGGCCGGUCAGAAACUUCGAAAAGGCGCGAGUGUCAGAUAUUUCUUCGCUUGCGACGUCACCAAGCCAGUAUGGACACGACGAACGAAGAUGACAAGCGAUCGAGCAACCAUUUUCAACUAAAUACAAAACGAUAA